GUGUUCUGAUAGCAAGUAUUUUCCUAAAAUUUUCAGAAGUUUGCACACUGGUGUUGGACCGUUCUUUUUAAAAAUGACAUAUUUUAUAUUUUUUUACUGUAACCAACAAAUCCAUCAUUGAUAUACAACACAAAUCAAGCUACUCUGAGCUGCAUGCAAAAGCUUCUGGUGAAACAUUUGAAUACCAGAAGAAUUUCAACAAAACAGCAAAACUCAAAAAUUCCUGUCUUCAGAACGAGCACUGAAAGCGCACGCGCUGCGAGUCAUAGACACGCCUCUUUUCUGUUUUCACGGAGGUCCUUGCGUGAAAGGGGUGUGCACAACUUCUGUGAUGUUUGCAUCUAAAAUAAGUAGGAUGAGCUGGUUUGAGGAUUUCUGUGAACGUGUGAAGCUCAGGGGAGGGAGGAAAUAAGACAGAGAAAGAGAACAGUUCCCAGCCAAGCGAGAUAAAGGUUCGGUUCGUUUUUGAGCGCAGGUUCAGGAGUUCCGGCUCUGAACUUGUCUUCAGCCACCAGCUCUGGUUGUGCGCUCCUCCUGCGUGCACAUGACUUGAUCAGGCCGAAAUGUUGGAAACAGUUUGAAUUUGGAAAGUCACGUGCACGUCAGCGAUCUCCAUUUCAUUAAUCCUUCAUUUAGCGCUCUCAGACUCAGGCAUGACUGACGCACGCGCACACAACCCACGUGACUGCGGUGGUUCUAUGAGUGACGGAACUGUCCGGUAAUGACGUCACCCUUCCAGAUUUGGAUUACCUUCCACUAUCCAUGAUCUGUAAUGACAACAAUCUGCAUUACUUUUAUGGAUAAAUACAUGUUAUGAUGUCAUUUUACGUCACUGAAUAAAGCUAUACACAUGUUAUGAUGUCAUUUUACGUCACUGAAUAAAGCUAGACACAUGUAAUGAUGUCAUUUUACGUCACUGAAUAAAGCUAGACACAUGUUAUGAUGUCAUUUUACGUCACUGAAUAAAGCUAGACACAUGUUAUGAUGUCAUUUUACGUCAUGGCAAUCAAGCAGUGAAUCUUUAAAUAUACCUUGAGUUUCCCAGGAGAAACAUCUCAAAGUUCAAUAUAGAAAUUUAAACACUUUUGAUUAACUGUGUUCUAAGAUUAAAUCUUUAAAACUGACAGACGAUCUAAAGAAGAACAGACUGAAAGAAAAAAUGUCAAGAAAAGGAAAUAGACAAACUGAAGCCUUUGAGCUGAGGGUAGGCAGUGAGUUGGUGGGAAAUAAGGGGGUCUAUAUAGUUAAGGAAUUCCUGGGAGAAGGAGGUUUUGGAAAAGUGGCUAAAUGUAGUAAAUUGUGGAGUCUAGAAUAUUACGCUGUUAAAAUCAUGAAAAUAUCCAGAGAAGGACAGAAAGAGUUUGAAACAAUGAAACUGAUCCAAGACCUGGACCCUGAUGAGAACCACUUGAUUAAGAUGUACGAAUGCUUCACAUAUAGAAAUAUGACUUGCAUAGUGUACGAGCUCUUGGAGGUCAAUUUUCAUGAUUCCUUGAUGAAUGAGCAGCAGCUGGUCCCUUUGUGUUAUAUCAGAUUCAUUGCUCAGCAGUUGCUCAAGGCUCUCAAAGCGCUCAAAAGUAUCGGUGUGGCACACUGCGACAUAAAAUUAGACAACAUUAUGUUUGCGGAUCUAGAUGACAUGAAUGUAAAACUCAUAGACUUUGGUCUGGCUGUAGAGACACAUGAACUUUUAACCGGAACCAAAAUGCAAGUAACUCAAUUCAGAGCUCCUGAAGUUAUCUUGGGUCUCCCUUUAGAUGAAAGCGUUGACAUGUGGGCACUUGGCAUGGUGUUGGCCUGUGUUUACUGUGGAUAUUAUCUCUUUCCAUCAAGUACCGAAUACGAAACAAUUCGAGCUAUGGUGCAGAUAUUUGGUUUACCUGAAGCUGACGUUCUCGAUAGGGCAAACUACAAAGAUGCCUUUUUCACUAGGGACAACGGUGACUUAAGACUAUGCACACCAGAAGAAUACACCGAAAUAACUGGGAAUAGAGUGAGAUGCAUGAAUACUGUGAUAGAUUUCGAUGCUAUGACUGAUCAACAUCGGAAUAUGUACGAAAUGCACGAUGAUGACGACCACAAAGCUUUCAUUGACCUUCUCAAGCGCAUUCUGGAAGUCAAUCCUCAACGCAGAAUCACACCAAGUCAAGCCCUCGAACACGACUUCAUCACCAUGAAGCACCUUGCAGGAAAAAGUAAGGCAGCAUAUGCUGCUGGAUGUGAAGGCGUCAUGGGAAAGACGCCGCCGUCAGAAGCACAAGUAAAUCCCUCAGCAUCUUCUAGUUCAAGCUUGAGUGGAUCCUCUAACCAAAGCCUGAUAUCAUCAAUGUCAGAAAGUGAAAUUGUAGACGUGAGGGAAGUUCUUUCAGCUGGAAGUGCAGAUGAACAAUCAAGUCACUCCAGCCUUAACAGCUCUGACUCCUGUGAGAAACCCGUGUUCCAGGAAAAUUUGGAAAAGCCGGAAGAUCUGCAGACAAACAAAGACAAGGCAAAAAUGUCAAGAAAAGGAAAUAGAAAAUCGGAAGCCCUUGAGCUGAUGGAAGGCCAUUAUUUGGUGGGAAAUCAGGGGAUCUAUAAAGUUCAGGAAUUCCUGGGACAAGGAGGUUUUGGAAAAGUGGCUAAAUGUACUAAAUUGGGAAGUCCGGAAAUGUAUGCAAUUAAAAUCAUAGCAAAUGUCCAAGAAGGCAAGGAAGAGUUUGAAUCCAUGAAACUAAUCCAAGUUCUGGAUCCUGAUGAGCACCACUUGAUGAAGAUGUAUGAGUGUUUCUCAUUUCAAAAUGUGAUUUGCUUGGUGUACGAGAUCCUGGAAGAAAGCUUGGAAGAUUUCUUGAUCAAAAAUGAAUGCAAAGCCACACCUUUGACUUAUGUCAGAGCUAUUGCUCAGCAGAUGUUUCAGGCUCUCAAAGCCCUCAAAAGUAUCGGUGUGGUUCACUGUGACAUAAAAUUGGACAACAUUAUGUUUGCGGACAAAAAAUCCUUGAAAUUCAAACUCAUAGACUUUGGUCUGGCGGUAGAGACAAAGGAACUUCCAAUCGGAACCGAAAUCCAAGUAACUCGAUUCAGAGCACCUGAAGUUAUCCUGGGUCUCCCUUUAGAUGAAAGCGUUGACAUGUGGGCACUUGGCAUGGUGUUGGCCUGUGUUUACUUUGGAAAUUAUCCCUUUCCAUCAAGAACCGAAUACGAAACAAUACGAGCUAUGGUGCAGAUAUUUGGUUUACCUGAAACUGACGUUCUCGAUAGGGCAAGCUGCAAAGAUGCCUUUUUCACUAGGGACAACGGUGACUGGAGGCUAUGCACACCAGAAGAAUACACCAAAUCAACUGGGAAAGAAUUGAGAAAAAAGAAUCAUGUGAUAGAUUUUGAUGCUAUGACUGAUAAACAUCGGAAUAUGUACGAAAUGCACGAUGAUGACGACCACAAAGCUUUCAUUGACCUUCUCAAGUGCAUUCUGGAAGUCAAUCCUCAACGCAGAAUCACGCCGAGUCAAGCCCUCGAACACGACUUCAUCACCAUGAAGCACCUUGCAGGAAAAAGUAAGGCAGCAUAUGCUGCUGGAUGUGAAGGCGUCAUGGGAAAGAUGCCGCCGUCAGAAGCACAAGUAAAUCCCUCAGCAUCUUCUAGUUCAAGCUUGAGUGGAUCCUCUAACCAAAGCCUGAUAUCAUCAAUGUCAGAAAGUGAAAUUGUAGACGUGAGGGAAGUUCUUUCAGCUGGAAGUGCAGAUGAACAAUCAAGUCACUCCAGCCUUAACAGCUCUGACUCCUGUGAGAAACCCGUGUUCCAGGAAAAUUUGGAAAAGCCGGAAGAUCUGCAGACAAACAAAGACAAGGCAAAAAUGUCAAGAAAAGGAAAUAGAAAAACGGAAGCCCUUGAGCUGAUGGAAGGCCGUAAUUUGGUGGGAAAUCAGGGGAUCUAUAAAGUUCAGGAAUUCCUGAGACAAGGAAGUUUUGGAAAAGUGGCUAAGUGUACGAAAUUGGGAAGUCCGGAAAUGUAUGCAAUCAAAAUCAUAACAAAUGUCCAAGAAGGCAAGGAAGAGUUUGAAUCCAUGAAACUAAUCCAAGUUCUGGAUCCUGAUGAGAACCACUUGAUGAAAAUGUAUGAGUGUUUCUCAUUUCAAAAUGUGAUUUGCUUGGUGUACGAGAUCCUGGAAGAAAGCUUGGAAGAUUUCUUGAUCAAAAAUGAAUGCAAAGCCACACCUUUGACUUAUGUCAGAGCUAUUGCUCAGCAGAUGUUUCAGGCUCUGAAAGCACUCAAAAGUAUCGGUGUGGUUCACUGUGACAUAAAAUUGGACAACAUUAUGUUUGCGGACAAAAAAUCCUUGAAAUUCAAACUCAUAGACUUUGGUCUGGCUGUAGAGACAAAGGAACUUCCAAUCGGAACCAAAAUCCAAGCAAUUCCAUUCAGAGCACCUGAAGUUAUCCUGGGUCUCCCUUUGAAUGAAAGUAUUGACAUGUGGGCACUUGGAGUUAGUUUGGCGACUGUUUACAGUGGAAAUUAUGCUUUUCCGGAUGAUUAUGAUUAUGAAACCAUCAGAGCGAUGGUGCAGAUAUUCGGGUUACCAGAGGAAGAACUUCUUUCUGCAGGACUAAACACUCAAAACUAUUUUACUUGGGACAGCGGUGUAAACGGCUGGAGGCUGUACACAGCAGAGGAAUAUACCCAAAGAACAAUGUCAAAUGUCAAUGGGAAUCAUGUGAUAAAUCUUGACCAGAUGACUGAGAUUCAUCAAAAGCAGUUUGACAUGUACGAUGAUGACGACCACAAAGCUUUCAUUGACCUUCUCAAGCGCAUGCUGGAAGUCAAUCCUCAACGCAGAAUCACGCCGAGUCAAGCCCUCGAACACGACUUCAUCACCAUGAAGCACCUUGCAGGAAAAAAGUGCUGUCAAGAUGACGACGUCAUGGGAGACAGGCAGCUGGGACGAAAGAAAAAAAACCUCUCCAGUGAUAAACACGGUUCUUGAAAAGUCUAGGAGUCACAAGUGUUUUAGGCGUUUUAUUAUUUUCUUUUGUGAAUUUCUGCCUUAUUAAUGUUAAAUUAGUUUGGGUUUUCUCCUGGAGCUCAGGUUUGCCCUUAAAAAAAUUCCCAUAGCUUAUUAAUA